UAAAUCCACAUUGUAUAGUUAGACGUACGAUGUGGCGUAGUGGAACAAAUUGGCUCCGGCCAUACCAUCUGUUGUCAAUAAAAGUCAUGCUUAUUGACAAAUAAUAUAUGUAAUAAUUUUUGCUUUCUACCAAUAAAAAUAAGUUGAACAGACUGAAAGCGGACAACAAAAAACUGGUGAAAUAAACUGAGGUUUCGUUAUCGAAUCAAAUUAUAUCGUAGGAAGCUUAGAUACUCUUAAUAUGAGUGGGAGUGGCCGGAAUGCUCGCCGUUCGGCAGAAAAGGCAAGACAGCAAUUUGAUAUAUUUGAUGAUCCGCUCGACAUCGAUAUGAAUAUAUCCGUUAAGAAUGAAGUUAUAUGUCCCGAUAUGAUGCCCAUUGAAGAGGAAGUUAUAUUCGGAAUGGUUGACAGUCAACAAUUGGUCGAGGAGCAGCAAAAAAUGCAGCGAGUAUAUCCCUUAGACGGAGGAUCAAACCAAUGCCAUAAUCUAAAUGACCGCUUGAGCAGCCUGGAACGCAAAGUGGACUUUCUACUUAAUGUAAAUACGAAGAUAUUGGCACGUGUUGAUAAAAUCUGUGAAAAUAUGAAGACGGUGACGAAGCCAAAUGAUUUUCCUGUUAAGCACAAAGAAGCAUUGGAAGUUAUUGAUAUGCAAAUUGCAAAUGAUCGAGAGAAAUAUACUGAGCUUUUUAAGAAUCUUCUAAAUCCUAGUGGAAUUGUUAAGAAUAUUGGACGGAUAUUAGACCAGAAAUUGUUAAUGGAAAUGAAUUAUGGAGGACACAGCUCGAAAGCAGGCUUAAGCAAUUAUGUAAAUUUGAACACAGCGUUAUAUGAGUCUCAGAAGAGGGAAGGCUACACAUUUGACGAUUAUAAGAAGGACGCUCGCUUGGCUUUUCAGAAAGCUAAAAAUCGUGUUUACAAGGCCAUAUCGGAGGCGAGAAGGCUGAAAAGAUUAAAUGGCGAGCUCGAAGAGAAUUCACAGUUCAUAAAAAGCAAAGAGAAUCCUAAAGACACAAUGGAGUGCAUGAAUUAGGUUUCCAUAUAGUAUAAGUAA